GACAGGAUCGAUCGAUGUGCAUGUAAGUGUAUCUAAUGGAGGUGGAGGCUUGUUGCCACGCAUGGCAUCAAGCAACCGUCCAGAAUUUAAUGCGGAUAUUUCAGCAAAUAUCGCUAAUGACGUACAAAUAUUAUUUCUCUCGUACUCUAAGUCUACUUACUAAUUUAGUACUGCAAUUACAGUAGCCAAUAUUACAGUAGUCAGUUUCUUUAUACUAACUAUGAAAAGCUAAAUGAUUUUUAUUUAUAGGUAGGUAUAUCUUAACCAUAUUAAUCAUUACUAAUUUUAUGCUUGAGUGAACGUGUUUGUGUACUUAUUUUUUGCUUCAUAAUAUUCACUAAGUUAUUUCUUUUUUAGCUUCAUCGACUUAAUUAUUAAUUCCAUCAACUUAAGUAUUAUACUUUACAAAGCUUACAAGACUGACAACCCUUUAAAUUGUUAAACUACUUACUCGUAUUUAAGUCCCUGUCUUUAAAAGUUUCAAUUUAAAUAUCAAUAACAAAAGAGAUACCAGUCGGCAACUGCGUGGGAUGAAAAGAUGCGUAGUUACCCCAGACAUUCGAGACCAAGAGCACCUCACAAGGGCAGCCAAAGUUACCUCCACAAUAAGGCAGACAGUUAUAGUCUAGGAUCCCACAUGAUUAAUUUACGCCAAUCUGAACUACCAAAUAUUUUUUUUUUAUCAUUUAAAAACUGCGAUAGUUUCCACGUUUUCAAAUUAAUUAUCUGUGCUGAGAAUGGGCCCGCAUAGUAAAAUUGUAUCAUGACAAAAUAUCGCUCUAGAAGACAAGUUCUUCAAUACAAAAACGACUCUACCUUCUACAAAAGCUCGCAGAAAUUAUCAAAUCAAAUUAUGAAAGAUAGGAUGUAUGGCGUGCCUGGAAAUAUCUAGGUAUGGAAAUUAAUUUGUAUGUUUAAUCUUUAGUCACAUAAUUAUAACCUCUGUGCCUAUUACACAUCAAUAAGUACUUAUACCUAAAUAAAAUCGGCGUUAGUUUUCUAGUUAUACACGUUUUCGUCAUUCUUUGAUUUCUAAACACGGAACUAUAAAUGGCAAUUCUAUGCUGCCUAAGUCUGUCCUUGAGAGAAGUGAAGCUAUCCUUGGACCGGGAUGAAAUUAAUAAGAAGAACUUUAGCCCUCAGAGUAGUGAACAAAUCAAAUAUCUCCCAUUCCCCCCCGGCGCCCCUGGCGUACGCACGUGCCCUAGGUAUAUUUUCAAAAAACUGCGAGCUCGAUCUGUAUUCAAAAUGCCCAACAAACCAAAACAGAAGAAAACCGUGAAUUACCCUCCAGAAUCUUUAGUAGCAGCUUUAAAAGAUAUAAGAGAGGACGGACAAGGUAUAAGAGAAACGUGCCGAAAAUAUGGGAUUCCUAGAACGACUAUACAAGACAGAAUAAGUGGUAGAAGAACUGAUAAAAUAAGAAACAGAGGCCCAGCACCAAUAUUGGGGAAUACUGGGGAACAACAAGUUGUUGAAUGGUUAAAUAAUAUUGCCAAGUGUAAUUUUCCAGUGAAGAAGCAGGAAAUAUUAGACACGGUCCAGAAAAUUCUUCAAGAUCUCAAACAACCUAACCCGUUUAAAGGUGGUCGCCCCGGUCAGACGUGGCAUUUAGGUUUCCUUAAAAGAAACCCUGAAAUUUCACGUCGAUCUGCCGAAGGCAAAAACAAAGCUCGUGAACGUGCGACUGAAAAGUCAAUACGGCAAUGGUUUCAAGAGCUUGAAACUUUUUUAUCCGAAUCAAGACAAUCCGAGAUUCUACAGGAGCCAGAAAGAAUAUUCAACUGCGCUGAAAGUGGAUUCUUGUUAUGCCCCGAAACAGGAGAACUUCUUGGACCAAAAGGUUUUGGCAAUGUACAUCAGAUUGAGGCUGGAGAUGAAAACGAUAUUUUGACUGUCUUACUGACUUUAAAUGCUAGUGGGCAAGUGUGUCCACCUCUGGUGAUCUUUCCGUAUCUGCGUUUACCAAAAGCAGUCACUGAUAAUACGCUUAAAGAGUGGACUUUCGGGAAGAGCGAAACUGGCUGGAUUAAUAAUGAUAUAUUCUAUGAAUACAUCGUUAAUAAUUUUAAUUCAUGGUUGGAGAAAAAUUACACCAAAAGACCUAUUUUGCUUCUUACUGAUGGAUAUAAAACUCCUAUGUCCCUAACGCUAAGUUCUGUGUGUGAGAAAUUGGGAAUAAUAUUAUAUUCCCUACCUCCAAACUCUACACAAAUCUUACAGCCUGCAAUCAUCACUGUUUUAGGGCCUUUAAAAGCCAACUGGAGAAAUGUCGAGAAAAAAUUCUUGACAAAACCCGAAAAUUUUAAUAUACCGGUGAUUUGUUCACUUUUCAAGGAAAUCAUUGAUGCCCCAGAGUUACCAACCAAUAUAAUUAAUGGAUUUAGGAAAUGUGGCCUAUUCCCCUAUAAUCCAGACGCAGUGGACUACACAAAAUGUGAGAAAAACACCAUGGAGUCACCUGAUCGACUAGAAGAUAAUGAAGAAACUAGAGUAACUGAUCAAGACGUUGAUUCUACACAAAAAGUCUUGACCAAUUUAACACCAAUCCUUAAAAAGAAGAAUGUGGACGUUGAAUUUAUUUUGAGUGAAGUGAACAAAUUGAGAAAAACGGAGCCCGAAGAACCACAAAUCUUGUCUGCAAAUGUUCGCCUAUACAGUUCUGUAUUAAACACUGGUAUGGAUGAUUACACACAUUAUUCUAGACCUUACAUACUUGAUAAUAAUCCAUUUUUUCUACCACCACCAGUAGACGACAUUUCGGUAGAAACCGAUGAUGAAGAGGUUCAGUAUAAUUCACGUUAUAUAGAACCAGUAAGAAAUGUGGAAAGAAAAUGCAUACUGUUUUAA